CUGAGAAGGAGGAAGAGAAGAUAAUCCACCAGAAGGUAAUUAUCAACAUUGAGAUCUGCAUCAUCUCCAGGAUGAAGACGCUGACUGUGUUUGCACUUCUUUGUGCUAUGAUGGCACUGACCACAGCUGCUGGAGAGCAUCACGUCAUUGAGAGAUCUGCAUCUUGCCCCGGUGGUUGGAAUCUGAUUAAUGGCCGCUGUUUCCUCUUUGUUCCACGAGCCAUGACUUGGGCUCGAGCUGAGUUAAACUGCCAGUCCAUGGGUGCAAACCUUGCGUCUGUACAUCUAGCUGAGGAGUAUCAUGGGAUUAAAAAGAUGAUAGAAGAUAAAACUCAUGGGCAUCCACAGACAUGGCUUGGAGGCUUUGAUGCUGAAGAGCUAUGUCAUGUAUCAUUCCACAGUUUAUUGACUUUGAAUGUUCGUUCUCUAAAUCGAGAUCCCAUUACAACAAAGAGAAGGGCACUUAUUGCAUGGGUUGUGCUGCCUCACAUUAUAAGUCACAGACCAAAAGCAAAAGUUCAGACAGACUAUUUAUAA